CAAUACACGUCAACCAGAGGAACACGAUGCCUCUUUGCGAGUCAACUCGCGUGCUCGACAGCCGAUAGAGGCACCUCGGCCCGAAAGAUUAUAGCGCUAUUGUACAGACCGAGCGUGGUGUGACAGCCCCGCCGCCGACGAACCCCUUCUCCCCGGGUUCAGCAAAUGGCCUGCUUCGCGUCGCCGCGCUGACGGGGGGGAGGGAGAGAGAGCCGUCAAGCUGGCCGGGCGACACCGAAAUCAACUUUGUCUGUUUUUAAUGGACACGCUUCGAGCGGCGGCGGCGGGCGGUUUGUUUCCCUUUCGUCGUUAUCUGUAGCUGCUGUUGCAAGCCCCAGCGUGAGCCCCACCGUGUGUCUCCCCCCCGACUACCACCACCACCCUCGCCCCCCCCCCUUGCUCGUCCGGCUUACCCUUGCACUCUUCCACAACCCGGUCCCAUUAAGAACAGCAUGGUCAUGGCCGAGAGUGCGCAGAAACCGCUGAUCCGGGGUCCCGUCCGGGUGGGCUUCUACGACAUCGAGCGCACCUUAGGAAAGGGCAAUUUUGCCGUGGUGAAGCUGGCUCGACACCGAAUAACCAAGACCGAGGUGGCCAUUAAGAUCAUCGACAAGACCCAACUGGAUGCUGUCAAUCUGGAGAAGAUCUAUAGAGAAGUUCAGAUCAUGAAGAUGCUGGAGCACCCUCACAUAAUCAAGCUGUACCAGGUGAUGGAGACGAAGAACAUGCUUUACUUGGUCACGGAGUAUGCCAAGAAUGGGGAAAUCUUCGACUACCUGGCAAAGCAUGGCCGUCUCAGUGAGCUUGAAGCCAGGAGGAAGUUCUGGCAGAUCCUGUCUGCGGUGGAGUAUUGUCACAACCGCAACAUCGUCCACAGGGACCUUAAGGCGGAGAACCUGCUGCUGGAUGGCCACAUGAAUAUCAAGAUUGCAGACUUUGGAUUCGGGAACUUCUUCCAGCCUGGGGAGCCUCUGGCCACGUGGUGCGGCAGCCCACCUUACGCCGCCCCAGAGGUCUUUGAGGGCCAACAGUAUGAGGGCCCACAGCUGGACAUCUGGAGUAUGGGGGUGGUGCUAUAUGUGCUGGUGUGCGGUGCGUUGCCCUUCGACGGCCCCACUCUGCCUGUACUUCGACAAAGAGUCCUAGAAGGAAGGUUUCGAAUCCCCUACUUCAUGACAGAAGACUGUGAGCACCUGAUCCGCAGGAUGUUGGUGCUGGACCCAUCAAAGCGUCUGUCUGUGGCCCAGAUCAAGGAGCACAAGUGGAUGGCCCUGUACGCCCCCGUUCAGAGGCCCGUCCUGUACCAGCAGCCUCUUCCCGCUGAGGGCGAGGCGCGUGUGGGGGAGUACAGCGAGCAGGUCCUUCGCCUGAUGCACAGCCUCGGCAUCGACCAGAACAAGACUAUAGAGUCUCUGCAGAACAAAAGCUACAACCACUUUGCUGCCAUCUACUACCUGCUGGUGGAGCGGCUCAAGGCCCAUCGCUGCAGCUUCCCCGUGGAACAACGGCUCGAUGCUCGCCAGCGGAGGCCCAGCACCAUCGCCGAACAGACGGUCGUCAAGCCGAGCAGCGGUUCAGCACAGGUGGGUUUGCUCCCGCAGGGUGUUCGUCUGCUGCGCUCCCCUGCUGUGCCCCAAGCCUCCUCCGAUGGCUUCACCUUCCCCCAGAGUGCAUGUCUCCUGGAGCAGAAUUUCCUGGUGGAGGAUGUCAACACACCCAAAGUCAACGGCUGUCUGCUGGACCCACUGCCUCCCCCCACUGCCCUCCGCAAGUCCUCCACCUCGUCGCCUAGCAACAUGAUGGAGACGUCGAUAGAUGAGGGCAUCGAGACCGAGGAGCCCGACACGGAGGAUGAGUCGCCCCACUUGCUCUCAGCCCAUCAAACGGCGCGGUUUGGCCAGCGGCGACACACCCUCUCUGAGGUGUCCAAUCAGCCAGGGCCUUCAAACCAAGGUAAAUUGUUCGCCAUAGGCCACAACCCCUCCAUGGGCAGCAUGGACUCGGACAUGGGCUACGACAUGGGCUCCAUGCAAAGUGACCUCGGCCUGUUGGACGACCCCCCGUCCCUUGGGGAAGUGGUGGCGGCCAACAGCACGGCCGCCGGCAUUGCCCCUGCGCCUUUCCUGAGCGCUCGCCCCGCCAACCCUGCAAUGGCCGUCCUGACAUCUCAGCACAGGGAGACGCACAACCGCUCCCCCGUCAGCUUCAGAGAGGGACGCCGUGCCUCCGACACCUCUCUCACCCAAGGUCUAGUUGCCUUUAGGCAGCACCUCCAGAACUUGGCGAGGACCAAAGGCAUCCUGGAGCUAAACAAAGUCCAGAUGCUGGUGGAGCAGAUGGGAUCUGGGGAAGGGGCCUCCAUGGGCCCCCUGGGACCACAGCAACACUUGCACAACCUCCUGGAGGGCGAGGCGUCCAAGCAGCAGCAGCAGGAGGGCCUAGCUUUGUACCAAGGUGGGCCGCACCCGCCUCUGCUGUCCCGCAGACAGAGUUUAGAGACACAGUACCUCACUCAUCGACUACAGGCCAACGUCUUAGCAAACAGUCCGGCUAGCUGCCAACUUUUCUGUAAGGACACUCGAAGUUUAGAGCAACAGCUGCAGGAACAGAGACUGAACCAGAAGCGGAUGUACCUGCAGCAGACUCAAGGCAUGGGGCUGCAGGUGUACUUCAACCAGAUGCAAAUAGCUGAGGGAUCCUACACCACAGGAGGCGCUGCUCUGGACCCGGCGGCAUCUCAGGGUUCCCCUCACGGCCCCCCCAUGUCAGCGGCCCACCAGCCCCAGCAGCAAGGCGGCCCUCAGGCCUCGCCUCCCUUCAGCCACCCCCAUAGCCUGAGCCCCUUGAUGGAACCGGACGAGGGCCUCGUUUAUGAUCCCUACACGGGUCACCACCACUACGCCCAACACCCGCCUCCUGGAUCUCACCUCCACCACCAGCUCCCCCACCCUCUGCCCCACGGAGCCUCUGCCGGCAGCCUGGGCUUCAGCUUCCCCGUGGGCUGUGAGCAGCACGCCAUGGGGCCCUUCGGCGAGGGUGUUCACCAGGAGCGGUACGAAUUCCAACUGGACCCCGCCUUGUUGCGCCCGCCCGCGCCGGGAGAGGCCGUGGCCAGGAUGCUGGCGUGCCCGGGCCAGUCGGACAGCCUGGGCCUGCCCGAGCUGCAGGGCUCUCUCCUGGACAGCGAGAUGAUGGAGACCGUGGACUCCCAGCACGGCUUCGUACUGGUCAACUGAAGCCAGCCGAAGGGGCGUGACAGAAAGCUGUAUUAAGCAAUGAGAAGCCACACGGCACUAAGAGUGGAUGUGAGCCGAGGCCACAAGCGUAGCAACGCGUAGGGAAAGGUGUUCAUUUCUGUGUGACUAAAACAAACUUCAUUUCUUAGCUGUGAAGAAUCUCAGACGACCUUUCUAGCACGAUCCUCCCUUAGUCCUCUUCCUUUUCCGCCUCAUCUCCUCUGCACUUGUUCUCGUCGGCUCUGUGAGGCAGGAAGCGGUCCGAUGCACAAGGCGAGCUCGCCGUACUAACUUUGUCCCAGCGGGGAGGGCGGGCCGUGCAGCUCGGCGAGGUGCUGCCCCGCACCAAGCAGGGGUUCAGAAGUGGACUCAUUUAGGACUGACUGUCAAACAGCCGUGAGGACAAUGGCUGUCGGUGUUUUUUUGUAUUUAAAAUAGGACACCAUCUACAUUAAUAGACUUGUUCUCAAAAAACUAAAUUUCAGUAGAUAAAACAACAGAAAAAUCGCCCUGAUUCAUCACGGUACCAUCAUCGCCAAUUCAAGUGUUAAAGGUGUUUUGGCCGAUUUUACAGAAAUGUUAUGUGGUUAUAUAUAGUUUAAAGUGAUGGCAAUAUUUUCGACAUUUCAACACUAACAUAUACAGUACAACAGGUAAAUUUUGUUUCACAAUGCAGAUUGAAGCGCCAUGUCGUUGAGCCUGUGCUUUUUUUGCUAAACGCUACCCAAGUCAAGUUAAUUGAUGAAUGAAAAUAAUAUAUAAACACUUGCAUAUCUGCAGGCUUUUGUGUCGGCCAUGGGACAAAAACAAUAGGCUUUUAUUUUUAUUAUUUUAUUGUAACUACUGAUCCUGAUUAUUUUUUUUUCUCUCACACUACUGAACCGCUCUUUUCCGUCCACACGCGCUUGCUAGGUGGCGAGAGGCCUCACGACGAUUUAACAGUUGAAUUGUGCGUUUGCCUGAUAAACGAGGGCUGAUGUAAUUAACGUGUGUUUGGUUAGGAAGUUGUGCUGUUUUAGACUGUACAUAUUGUUCUAUUUUCGUGGAAAUACUGAAGCAAUAUUAAUCCUUAAUGUUGGGGGUUUAUGGAUGGAAGCCUCACCUGUACAUCCCCAUUCUGAUUGGUUCCCGGGGACCCGAGUCGUCAGCAGUGACAUCACUUGAGCUGAUUAUGUAACCAGAUCAUAAUCUCCGCCUCACUCGCCCUAGAAAUUCAGGGUGAGAGCGAGAGGGAGAGAGAGAAUGUUUGCACAAUCCAAACUGCAACUCUUCUGCAUUCGUGAAAUCGUUUGUCGGAAAAAGACAAACACUGUUUUGUCAUCUCAGUUCAAAAUAAAACAAGCUGUGCUUUCCCCUCUAAAUGCACAGCGAUAGCUUUUUAGAAUGAUCCUGGUUUACAUCCUCAGGGCUCCAGUCAUGACUGUGUGUUCUAGAUGGAUCAUGUUUAUGAGAGUGCGAUUCCCCCCUGCAACGAUUCCGGCAUGUCACUUCAUGAAGGAAUGUUUUGCUUUUGUUUUUCUCACGGACAUCGGUGGCCGCGAGGCGAAGAACAACAGAAUGUGAGUCACGUGACACUGGAUUUUGACUACACGGUCACCGCCGCGCUUUGACAGACAGGUGAAAAAGACGAGCGGUCUCUUUUCUCUUUUUGAAACGGCACUUGGACUGUUUAACCCACUUGAAGCGCGCGGGUGCAUCUUCAUCGGAACAGGACGUCAGAGUGCUGUACGAGGAGCUCGACGGACGGGGACCAUCGGCCAACCGACGUUGGUUGUUUAGUCGUGUGACUGAAAGCAAAUAUCCACCCUGAGACACAAUCGCACUGAGGCUUCUUUAGGUUUUUCAAAUAAAUAAACAUCUGAUUCACUGCUGAAGAGUCUUCCUGCGUCAGCUCUCCAGCAGAUCAACACCGUUGGCAAUGUUUUGAAUCUAUUUCUGAUUUUUAGGGUUAAUAACCAUUAUGACGUCACGGUGACGCAUCGAUCGACAAACCCCCGUGAUUCAAAUGCUCAGUCAGCUCCACUUUUAACUGUGAUCAGUCACAAGGACGUACUAAUAAUAAUAACAGACCAAAGCUUCAAAUGAUUAAUCGCUUUAGUCAUACAGCCACAGUUUAUUGAAAGCAACCAGCUCUGGCCCAGUUUGUGGGUGGUGUUGAAAAUGUCCUUUCAGAAAGAGAAGGAGCUGAAGGAGCGUCAUACGUGACGGAGUCACAGGGUGGAUUCAGCCUUUAAGUGAAUAUUUGAAUGAUUAUUUGCUUUUGUUUUUGUCGAUGGCUGGAACAGCUACAGUUUGGUCUGCGGAGGUUGUUUAGUGGAGCACUUUGACAACGAGGAAGAGGAGGAGGAAGAGGAGUUUCACGCCGUCAUUUCCGGGCAGGAAGAAGGAAACCGAAGUCUGCGGGAAACUCUCUUCUUCUCCUCGCUCGACCAAUAAUGACACGAAACCAAUUUCUUUCAAAGAAAGACCAGACACAAUAAUACUUUAUCUGGUUGUGAUUCAAGGUGGAGGAACACUUGUCAGUUCGCGACAGCCGUUCUUUGUACAAAUUCGUGGCGUAGUGAAUCUUCGGUGCACCGAGGUGAACUUUGUGUGCAACGUGAAAAAUUGUUCAGUGUGCCUUUUUACUUUUCCGUAUUUUCCAUCUAAAUUAAGAUUUUCAAUGGCACUAUCAGUUCUGUUGAAGCCCUUUUUUUCUUAUUUGUCUUUGUUUUGAAUAAGUAGAGCCGGGUUUCACAAAGGUACAAAACCAAAGUCCCUCAGAAGUUUCCCUGUACGACCCACCGUGUGGAGUUUUGGAGCUUCUUUGUCAGCUUCUCUACAGUGCUUUUUUUUCUUCUUCUUGGUCAAUCAGUGUAUGCCAUUUAAAAGUAUUAUAGCAAUAUUUCUCUAGUUGAAGACUAAAGUCAUGAAGAUUCUAGUGGACGUGUUUCCAAGUAUGAUCAUUUCACCUCCUGCUGAUAAAACAAAACAUCGAUCCAUCAAUAGAAAUCCACUUUUAUAUUUACCUUCAUUGAUGUUGACCACACAUAAGCUAACUUGCUGUUGAGAUUAAAAAAGGUUUAUUGAACAUAA